AUGAUGUCUCGGGCAGUCAACCUGGCCCACUGGGAAGACUUGGAGGCGUGGAUCAGCAUCAUGACGGACAGUCUCCUACCCAAGGUGGCCGACAAGCUCCGAAACCAGAGCCAAGAACAGUUGGAUGACAGCAUCAGAGAGCUCAUGGCACACAACCCCAGUCAGAGCUACAACCACAAGGAGCUUGCCAAGAUCACUGGCUCCCUGGCUCACAACCUCCUCACCCAGCUGAAGCUGAUCGACACCAAGGCUAUGCGGCUCGAGCAAGAGGUGGAGGAACUCUGGAAGCAGACCAGGGAAGCCCAACAGGACGCAAGGCAGACUCAACAACGCCUGGAGGGAACGGACAGGAGGGAGCAGGAGGCCAAGGAUGAAAUAAAGAGGCUCCAAGUGGUGUUGGAGGACUUACAGGUGGCCGCUGAACAAUGA